UAUCGAUAUGAGAACUAAUUGUGCAGUCAGCAGCUCAGAGUUGAGCAGAAGUACGACAAUGGGCAAUAAACAAAUAAAACAGCAUCUGGAGACGGCACAGAAGACGGGAGUGCUGAAAAUAUCAUUGCAGAGAUUACAGGAGUUCCCGCCGCAGCUCAAGGCAUAUCCCAAUGUGCUAAAGACACUGGACUUAUCGGAGAAUCGCUUUGAGAAUGUGCCCGAUGAACUUGGACGUCUCACGAUGCUCAAGCAUCUCAAUCUGAGUGGCAAUCGUCUGGUGGAUCUGAACGAGGUGGUCGGGGAACUGCUCAAACUGGAGGUACUGCUCCUCAUGGACAAUUUCCUGACAAAGCUGCCAAAGACACUGAGCAAUUGCACGCACCUCAAAACAGUUAAUUUGAGCAAUAAUCAGUUGAAGGUUUUCCCCACCAUGCUAUGUGGCUUAAAGCAACUGGAUGUGCUGGAUUUGUCGCGUAACCAAAUAACCCAAGUGCCCGCCGAGGUGGGCAAUCUGUAUGUGACGGAGCUGAACCUCAAUCAGAACCAGAUAUCAUCGCUGGCCGAGGAUAUUGCCGAUUGUCCCAAGUUGAAGACGUUGCGACUGGAGGAGAAUUGCUUGCAGGCAAAUGCCUUAACGCCUCGUAUCCUCAAGGAGUCCAAGAUCUGUAAUUUGGCCGUCGAUGGUAAUCUGUUCAAUUCAAAGCAAUUCACCGAUCUCGAUGGCUACGAUGUCUACAUGGAACGCUAUACGGCGGUCAAAAAGAAGAUGUUCUAAAACCUCAACAACAUUCGUCACGUAUUUAUGUACUAUAUAUAUAUAUAUUUUUGAUUAGUAUCCAAUUCAGUGUUGGACAGCCAACAACAGCAAUUAAUUGAUACAUGUGUUCAGCGACUCGACUCGAAGCAGCGCAUUUGCUGUGCAUGAUUGUUUGUUGACGCUUUAUUGGCUGUCUAACGCUGAACUACUUUAAUAGCUUAAUGUAAUCAUGUAAUCGCCUUGUUCCACACA